AUGGGGUGGGUCCGCAGUCAAGGAGCAAUUCCUACAGAGCACACUGAACUAUGUUCUCACCGGCGACUGCGACCUCAAGUCAGCCUUCAUCCCCUUGUUCGAUGGGGGCAGAACUAUACCGAGCCAAGCUACGAGAGCAAAUUGUGGUACAAUGGUAACGUCAGGAAGCCAGAAGUUUUCAAAGACUACCAAGGUAGUAUCCUCCCAGAGAACAACUCCACCGUUCUCAGACAAAUGACCAUGGGUCAGUUUGCAGCUUCUCUCAAGCCUUCCUACGUCAGGGUUGGAGAGUCGUCAGGCAAAAUACAACUCUUUCACGUCGUCUCCCAUACCGCAACCAUUACUUCCAUGAGAGUCGUUCACGACACUUUCCUGGACGGCAUACAAAAGCAUAACCUCAAAAAAGUUGACCAAUUUUUCUCAAGUAUCGCUUACAACACAAUCACCCCAGCGUUUGCAAAGUUGUCACAGGGUAUGCCACAGGGCAUCCCCCAGGAGGCAGCGUUCUGGAGUGAACAGGCUGUCAGCUGGGUUAAACCUGAAGGCAGCCCCAAAGUCAGAGCAUUCAUUGAUGAUGUCAAUGCAAACAUCACCGCCCAAUUAGAAAAGUCCGGGGAGUUGAGACCUUAUCUGUAUCUCAAUGAUGCGGAACUAUCGCAGCCUGUUUUCCAGGGCUACCCUCUCGAGAAUUUGGCUCGCUUGAAGGAGAUCCGUGCUAAGUAUGACCCCAACCGGGUUUACACCGAUCAAAUGCCUGGUGGAUUCAAGGUCGAACACGCAUAAGUUUUGGGCUUUUGUUUCUUGCUUUUGGACUGUAAAUACCAUUGCAUGACGUUAUAAAGAUACACAUGGAUGUUGUACAGCUGUGGUUGAUUUAUUUUGAAGUUCCAAGAUACAGGCUCUGGACACUUGUAUAUAGUAUUGUUUCCGAAAG